AUGAUUGGUUCUAGAAUGAGAAUGCUAGCUGCGAGACAGUACCAUAUUUCCGCCAAGGACAGCGCUGGCAAGGUUUCCACUCUAGCUGUUAGAGUACAUGCUGGGUCCCGUUACGCUGAGAAAGACGGUGUGGCACACCUGUUGUCAAGAUUCAACUUCCACAACACGGGAAACAAAUCUGCGUUGCGCUUGGUGCGUGAAUCUGAGCUUUUGGGCGGCCGUUUCGAGUCUUCCGUUGACCGCGAAUACAUCACGUUGAAGGCCACAUUUUUGAAAGAAGAUCUGCCAUACUACGUUUCUGCUUUGGGUGACGUUGUCUACAAGACCUCUUUCAGACCUCAUGAGCUACCAGAAUCCGUGCUGCCAGCCGCUAAGUACGACCUGCUCCAAGCUGAGUCGUGUCCUAUCAAGAAGUCUGAGAACCUGCUCUACAACGUUGUUUUCCGUAACGAUCUCGGCAAGACCGUGUUAUACGAUGGUGUGCAGAAAGUGACCCUUGACGACAUCAAAACUUACGCCGACAAGGUUUACACCCGCGACAACAUCGAAAUUUCUGGCCAAGGUGUCAACGAGGCCGACCUCAAGCGCUUUGUCAACGACUCCUUGUUCGCUUCAUUGCCUCAAGGCACCUCUUUGGCGAAAGAAACUGCUCCAAAGACUUACGUUGGCGAAGCCCGUCAAAGAUCAAGCGAAGGUGAAUCCGUGGCAGCCAUUGCUGUUCCAGUCGCUAAAUCAGACUUUGCCUCUUAUCAAGUCUUGACCUCUUAUUUGACCUCUGCGCUGUCCGAUUUGUCCUCUUUGAUCUCCCAGGUCAAGUUCGAUAAAUUCUCGAACGCUGGUUUGUUCUCCCUUUACGUCAAGGGAGCUGACGCUAAAGUUGUGUCUGAAAACAUCCAAAAAGUUGUGGCUGCUUUGAAAAAAGGCCAAGACAUUUCGGUAGCCAAAGAUGUUGCUGCUUUGCAAUUGGCAUUGAAGAAUGAAACCGAAGCUUUCCCAGAGCAGCUGUCCCUAGAUAAGGUCAAGGACUUCAAGUUGGGCAAAUUCGGUUACGCCGCCGUUGGUGACGUGAGCAACUUGCCUUUUGCCGACCAAUUGUAA